AUGGAUACUAUUGAACAAAACUGUUGUUUUUGCUUAUCAGCAAUCACACAGCCUACAAGAAAUAAGCAAUGCAGUCAUAUAUAUUGCUUUGAAUGUAUAGAUAAUUGGAUUAAAACUAAAGAUGAAUGUCCAAUUUGUAAAAGUAAAAUCAAUGAAUUAAUAACAAUAGAUGACAAUGGCAAAGAAAGAACAAUAGCUGUAGAAGAACCAAAGAAACCCUCACCCGAUAGUGUAGAAGUGGAUUUAGCAUGUUUAGAUAAUAGAUUUUUUUUAGAAGAGACACAAAAACUUUUAUCAAUUUCGCAUAGCAUUGUUUUACAAAUGGAAAGUUUAAUGUCAACAGAAAAAAAAGUUUACUAUACACCUACAAUGUCACCUCAAGAUACAGAAAGAUUAAACACCAUUACCGAUAGACUAUAUACACUACAAAAAGAUUUAGAAAACUAUGAAAAUGCCUUUGACCCCGAAGAUUUAUUAUCAACAUUCUAUAUUUUUGAAACCACUUUAACAGAUUUAAAAGAGAAAUAUUUAUCAGAGUUUUUAAAUAAAAAUAAAUUAAAAUACAGCAACAGUAAAAAGAAAAACCAUCACCACUAUAUAAACGAAGAUGACGAUGAAGACUAUGACGAAGAUGAAUAUAUUUAUGAUGAUGAUGAUAUAGAAGAAUCAUUAUAUAAUCAAAUAGAAAGUAAUAACAACAAUAACACCAAUUCAAAUAAUAAUAAAAAUAAACUUAAAUUUUAA